AUGGGCAAUGCUCUUGACCGUGGUAUUGGAUACACUCCUCACGGUGACCACUGGGCCCAACACUGUGGUUUGGAAGUUGUCUUGCCUGACGGCGACAUUGUUCGAACUGGCAUGGGAGCUAUGCCCGGCUCCGAUUGCUGGCAAUUAUUCCCCUACGGUUUCGGCCCUUACCACGACGGCAUAUUUUCUCAAUCCAACUAUGGUAUCGUUACCAAGAUGGGCGUUUGGCUCAUGCCUAACCCCGGUGGUUUACGACCAUUCAUGGCUACCUUUCCUAGUGAGAAUGACCUGAGCAACGCCGUUGACGCCCUGCGACCUUUGAUGGUGCAAAAGAUUAUUGGCAACGUGCCCUGCCUACGUCUUGGUCUGCAAGACGCCAUCAUAUACCACAAAAAGACCGAGUUCCCACUACGAUCCAUUGGCCUCCAAGACCGGAUAGCAUCACAAAAGAUCAUCGACAAGCUCGGAACAGGAGCUUGGCGCAAGCCGACGGAAGCCGUCCCCGGCGCCAAAUUUUACGAGCGCAAGGAUGUCGCGCCAACAUCGUACUUGCACGACUAUGCCAAAUUCACCGCCGGCAUCCCUGCCUGGCGAGAACUGGACCGCAUGCAAUACAUCCCCAACGCCUCGCACUUGUUCUUUGCUCCCAUCUCCGCCACCAGCGGAAAAGACGCCAUGACCCAGGCAGACAUGUGCCGCAAGAGCGUGGAGCAAUUUGGCUUUGACUAUCUGGGCACCUUCUUCAUCGGCCACCGUGAAAUGCACCACGUCAUUUCCUUCAUGUACGACAGAACCAACCAGGAAGAUAAGCGCCGGGCUCUUGCUUGUAUCCGCGCCUUGGUUGACGACGCAGCUGCCCGAGGUAUUGGGGAGUAUCGGACGCACUUGGCCCUGCAGGAUCAAGUCGCUGCUACUUAUGAUUGGAACAAUGGUGCUGCUAUGCGCCUUAACAACAAGAUCAAGGACGCGUUGGACCCUAACGGUAUCUUGCAGCCUGGUCGCUCGGGUAUCUGGCCCAAGCAAUAUCGUGGCAAGAAUUGGGAGAUAUUGAACAGCGAGCCCUUGAGACCUGCAGACUGGCUCGGCUUUGACCAUGGAGACCACAGCACUUGUGCUUUGGAGCAUUGUCCCCUCGUCCGCGGCUGGAAACUUGCUCAAAUCCAAGCACUGAGAGAUCGGGCCGCCAAUCAACAACUUUUGACGGAGUCUCUCGCAAUGGUUCAGAGCUGGAUGUUCCUUGGUGCCCUCGAGGCUCUAACUCAGCGCCGUGUCUCUGAAGACGACUUUCUUCGACGCAAGUUCCAACGUGCGGUUGUUCACACUGGCUUUCAUCGAUCGUAUCUAGUCAAUUGGAUCAAGGAAGUCCGGGAUACUUUCCGCGCAGACCCGGGAAGUCUGGUGGCUACAAUAAUCCAUGUUCUGAGGGAGGUCCAGACCUGGUGUUUCAAGCUGGCAGCCUCGGCGUCCACUUCUGUCGACAUUAAGUCGCGCAUUUUUCUUCCAAGUGAGGUAGACCAUGCUAUCACCAAGCGUCUUCUAGGUUGA